GGCUGUCUGUGUUUGAUGGGAUCCAGCUGUUGGCCAAGUGCUCCGGGGGCCCGUUUAUUUGCAUUGCUAAACAAUCCGUGGAGUGGGCCGAGAACGCAGAAUUACAUCAAGUUUUCUCUCUCGGUCUCUUUUUUUCUUUCUUUCCAUUUUUUUUUUUUUUUUUUUUUUUUUUUUGUUAAAAGACCCUCACUUUACUAUUGGUAAAUGUUCUCACACGUUAUUGCCCGCAGCGCGUGACCAAAGCCAAGUGACUUUCAACAUUCAAGUGAACGCGCGUACGCGGAGGGGGCGGUUUGGGCACUUCGUUUUGCGCACUGGGUUCUGCGAGACCGCAAAGGUAGUAAGACCACAAAGAUACAACUAUUUUCGUAUUGCGAGGAGUUUACGGCAAGGGAAGCACAAGGAUCCAAAUAAGCAUGUUAUUUGAACUACGUGGCUUGAGUUGGUCGUUCAACAAUAGAAUGUUGACAGUGUUAAUAUAUAUCCUAUACUGCAUUCACUCCGUGAAAACUCAGACAUGCACAGAUGGAUUUACUUAUGACCACCGCGCCAGACAGUGUAUUGACCUUGAUGAGUGCAGGACGCUGCCAGACCCAUGCCGGGGUGACAUGCAGUGUGUAAAUCAGAAUGGUGGAUACCUGUGCAUCCCCCGCGGGCUCUACUCCCAGUCUUACGCCCGGAACAGUCAACGCUCUGAGCUGUCUUAUCCUGAAGAGCCCUACCCUGACAGAUCACUGGGAUAUCAAGAACCAUUUCUUCCUAAUCCUCCUCCUGUGGCAGCUGGCCCAGGCCCCGGUCCAAGCUAUCCAAUAGUGAGCCGGUCCACGCCCUGCAUUCUUGGAUACACACUUGGAGCUGAUGGCACUUGUGUUGAUGUUGAUGAAUGCGAGACAGAGUCACACCAAUGUAACCCGACUCAGGUUUGUAUUAAUACGGCCGGCGGAUAUAGCUGCUCGUGUACUGAGGGGUACUGGCUGGUGGCUGGACAGUGUCAAGACAUUGAUGAGUGUCGCUAUGGUUACUGCCAGCAGCUGUGUGCUAAUGUCCCUGGGUCGUACUCCUGUUCUUGUAGCCCUGGAUUCCUUCUUAAUACAGAUAGCAGGACAUGCCAAGAUGUGGAUGAAUGUGAAACAAACCCCUGCACUCACGGCUGUUUGAAUACAUACGGCUCUUUCAUGUGUACCUGUGACGAGGGGUUUGAGCUCGCCUCUGAUGGGACCACCUGCAACGAUCUGGACGAAUGCAGUUUCUCGGACUUUCUUUGUCAGCAUACAUGUGUGAACUCGCCAGGAUCAUUUUCCUGUGUGUGUCCACCUGGAUAUUAUGUGUAUGAGGAUGGAAGGAGCUGUGAAGACCUCAAUGAAUGUGAGUCUGGUAACAACACCUGUACAACAGCACAAGUGUGUUUCAAUUUCCGGGGAGGUUAUACAUGUCUGGACCCCCUUACAUGUGAUUCACCGUACAUUGAAGUCAGUGACAAUCAGUGCAUGUGUUCUGCGGAGAUCCCCGCCUGUCGUGAAAGACCCUUCACUAUCCUGUACAGACAUAUGGAUUUGUCUUCUGGCCGCAGUGUUCCUGAUGAUAUAUUUCAGAUGCAGGCCACCACACGUUAUCCCGGAGCAUUUUAUAUCUUUCAGAUCAAGUCUGGCAAUGAGGGGCGAGAGUUUUAUAUGCGGCAAACCAGUAAUGUAAGUGCAACAUUGGUUCUGGCCCGACCCAUUAAAGGACCAAAGACGGUUGUUCUAGACCUAGAGAUGGUUACCGUUAACAACGUCAUCCACUUCCGAGGCAGUUCCAUUAUCCGCCUCACAAUAUUUGUCUCCAGACAUCCAUUCUGAGGCUUUACAAAUAAACCUCUGACCUCUCACCUCUUCAUGGCCCCUUACCUCCAUCAUGGACUUCCUGUUACUGCACUACCAAUCAGGCAGCUGCAUUUCUUCAUGUUUUUGUUCUAUGUUCUGGACUCCCGUGUUGUCAUCGUCCUCUCUGUCUGUUCUCUAGUGGACUGCGGAGGAUAAUGUAGGUUUUUGAUGAGGCUGUGUAGCUGUCGUUGUCAUCCGCAUGUACUCAUACAAAGAAUAUUUAUGUUGUGUUUCUUUGAUGUUGAGUGAGUUUGUAUUUGCCAUUGUGUUUUUGUCACCGAUUGUAAUCAUGAAAUUGGAAAUUCUGAAAAUUGGAGUUUUCUUUUUUUCUGUAAAGCUGAAUUUGUUUGCUGAUAGUCUUAGUGGCACUUUUGUCAUGUUUUCUCACUGUGAACGUGAGUUUUUGUGUGGUGCUUUGAUUUGUCGUUGACCUCUGAAAACCCCAAAGAGAGAAGCUUGCACAUGCUACAAAAACAUGUUUUAAAGAUGUUCUAAAUAACUAUGACAGGAGCUUAUUUGCAGCACACUCUUAGCAACCGUUACUUAUGGAUGUUUCAGAAAGAGAUGUCCUGUUUCUUUUGGCUGAAAUAGGGCUGUUGUAGUCCAAAAACCCAGAGAAUUAGCAUUUUUGAGCCAUGGGUUCCCUCUGGAUUUUCCUAUGGGUUUUUAUAAUAGUAGUUUUGGAUUUCUAACAUUACUUGAAAAUGCGUGGAUGUUUUGUUCUACAACACAAAUUACACACAGUUGUACCUCAAACGUAAAUUUUCAAGCCGCAUUGAAGCAGCAUACUUUUUUUAAACACACGCCGACUUCUAAAUUCACGUUUGAGGUAUGAAAGUAGAACAAAACUUCCACGUAUCUUCAAGUAAUGUUAACCAUAGACCUUAUUUUACUCAUAAAAAAAACCAAUAGGAAAUUCUCGUGGGAACCCAUGGUGAAUUAGCCUUCCGGAUUCGCCUACAAAUUGACGUCACAGCUGAACAGCUCUAUUGUCAUUGUAUCUGUUCAGAAUUUCCUCAGUUGUGUAUCUGUUUUUAUAAGACAAAAGAGCCUGGUCAAUCAAUAAACACAAAUUUGUUGACCUGAA